UGCGGUUAGAUUUUCAAUAAUAGCGUUGAAUUUUAUCUUAUAAUUUAUAGGAUAAUUUUCCAUUAAUUGGCUAUUGAUAGUAAUAGUAAACAUGUCGUUAGAAACAAUUCCAAAAGAUUUGCGAGGCCUACGCGCUUGCCUUGUGUGUUCACUUAUUAAAGGCUUUGAACAGUUUGAGUACGAUGGAUGCGAUAAUUGUGACGAGUUUUUACGAAUGAAAAACAAUAAAGACAAUGUUUAUGAUUGCACUAGUAAUAAUUUUGAUGGUAUGAUUGCCGUAAUGAGUCCUGAGGAUAGUUGGGUCUGCAAAUGGCAAAGAAUAACUCGAUGUGCAAGGGGCAUCUACGCUAUAUCUGUACAAGGUCGUUUACCAGCUAAUGUUAUAAGAGAAAUGAAAAGUAGAGGAAUUGUGUAUCGUUCUAGAGAUACAAGUCAACGUUAAAGAGGCAUAAUAGAAUCAUACAAAUUUCUUUUU